UGCAAACAUGUGGCACUGGCAGCCUUGUUUGGUGACCUUAACCGCUUGAGAUUCUUAGUUCAUUCAUUCAUACACUUAAUUGUUGAGUCCGCAUUACGAUCACCUUCAAUUUGCCACAGCCAAUAUGUUCAACGCACCGCGGCCAGCCCAACGAUAUGCUUCCGCACCUGUCAAUGGUCUUGGAGGCAGUUUCGUCGACGAGAAUCCGUUGGCUGCCUCAAUUUAUGACGAUCCGUGGAGUGCUGCGCCAUCACCUUCCCCGCAACCCAUACCGAGUGCGACGUCUGCUCUUAGCUCGGUAUUAGCGGAAGCGACUGUCCCAGAAUCAUAUUACAGGGCAUUUGCGGUCGUAGAUACAACAAACUCUGGAGAGACGUCCGUAAAUGCACUGUCUCGUGUUUUAUCGACGUCUGGAUUGCCUGCGACGACCGUAGACAAAAUCGUGAACCUUGUAAGCUCUCGGCCGAGGGUGUCUAAGCUGGAAUUCUUCGUGGCUCUGGCAUUAUUGGCUCUUGCUCAGUCCGGUAAAGACAUCAGCGUGGAACAAGUCGCUGCCCGUGCUGCAGAAGACAGUUUACCCGAACCAUUUCUCCACCUUGAUACCUUACAACCGAGCACCUCGGCGCUCUCUUCUCCAUACACAACCUACAGGCAGGCUACUCUGGACCCGUGGAGUGUAUCUCGGUUUGGAAGUAAUGGGGGAGGGUCUGACUUCGCUGCCCCUCGCAGUGCGACGACUAUCAAUGGCGGAGCUGCAUCAAGUUUGGCGGGGUCUGGGUUGCCGGGGGAGUGGUGGAAGAUACAAGAAACUGUGGAUGUGACUGUCCAAGGGCAGCAAGGGUUCAUCCUGAAUCGGUAUACGGUGUACGAGAUUAUCACCGAACACGGCGCACCUGUUCAUCGUCGGUAUUCAGAGUUUACAUUUUUAUGGGACUGCUUGGUGCGACGAUACCCCUUCCGUCUGUUACCUCCCCUUCCGCCCAAGCGUGUGCAGCCCGACGCUGUGUUUAUUGAGCAACGAAGGAAAGGUCUUGCGAGGUUUCUGAAUGCUGUGAUAAACCAUCCGGUGAUAAAGGAGGACGGUCUCCUUGCGGCAUUCCUUUCGGAACCAUCCUUCGAGAACUGGCGGAAGCACACUGCCGUAUCUCUGGAAGAAGAAUCCGCUAGCAAACAUGUUGAUAGGAUAGAAGAAAUCACUGUCCCAAGUGACCUCGAAGACAAGCUUGCUUUUGUGCGGGGGAAGAUCGGUCCAUUAAUAGAGCAAUGGCAGAGAAUAUGCGUAUUGGCAGAACGUAUAAUAAAGAGACGCGAAUCAGCUGCGGUACGGAUCCCUUCAAGUCUUAGGCGCAACUAUUUACCAGCUCACUUCACUUUCCCUCACUUAUCCCCUCAUCGUUCUUCUUUGGAUGUCCACAAUCAUGAUAUACCUGGACCCGCUUCAUCGACGACGUCGUUGGCUGCUUCUUUGUCAACUUUGUCAUUGCGCACUGCACGCUCCGACGACCCUGAAUCGGAUGAUCAGGCGGACCUGGCGCGACUGACCAAUGCGCUGAGGGCCGUCGUUGAAGUGAACGAACGGUGUUGGAGGGGGGACGAGUGCGAAUUAUGUGAUGGCGUGCGACAAGGGGUGGUACACGUUGCUUCCCAUACACAACGGCAAUCUGAUUUGCUGGAACAACGAACGAAUGCAUUGCUCUACUCAACGUUGGAGGCGCUGAAGAGUCAAAGGGAUCUGUAUAUUGCGAUGCGAGAUCUGUUUAUCCGCCGCGACCGUCUAUCUGUCGAUAAUGUCGACCGGUUGAAAAAACGAGUUGAUUCAAAUUCGAUGAAACUCGAAGGUAUAAAGGCUGCUUCGAAGGACGGCUGGCAGGAUGACGCCGACCGAAUUCUUGGUCUAAUAGAGAAAGACCAAGCGACGAUUGCUACACUCUUAAACCGAAGAGUAUUUAUUCGUGCUUCCAUGUGGCAUGAACUUCGUGUGGUACUGCAUAAUAAGGAGAAUACUUUGCUCAGCAAGUUGGUGCAGAAUCUGGCUCAUGAUGAGCAAGCUUUCGCCAGUAAUGUACUUGCUAAUUGGGUAUCUCUUGGAAAUGCUGUUGAGGAGAUGCCAUACGAGUAGGACACUUAUGAUGAUGUGGAUAUUUAAAUCUGUGUUCAUUGUCCGUUGGGCAGGGCCUUAUAGGUGGAUAUAUCUUGACGUUGUAUGCAUGUACUAGACUUUGUGUAAUUACACGCUUGGUACUCGUUUUACUAGCGCUG